GAGGUUUCACGAACAGCAGCGUUCAUUUGCACCAGCGGUGAAUCCAUCAAUGUUUAAAGUUUGAAAGAGCGCGUACCGUUUCGUUUUACAUUUUGUUUUCAAAACGAUUGGUGAUAAAUCGAACGGUUAUCGUUUACGUUGUAUGCUAUUGGUGUUUUACUUAGUUUUUAUAUAAUUGGAUUGGUUUUUGAAGACGCUAGAUUCUGAAUUACAAGAAACUAUAUGAAAUGGAGGAUCUCGAAAGAACGAAGGAAAAUAUACAGCCGCUGCGUAGCGGUCGGAAUAUCGAACAACUGGAGAAAGCUCUUCACUCAGAUGCACAGCUUAGUGAAGAACGAAGGUCUUUCGAACAGCGGAUUGAAAACUAUGAUGGAACGGACCCAUUGCAGCCUUGGUACGAGUUUAUUUGUUGGAUAGAACAAACGAGUUUGGCUAGUGGGAGACAGAUGGGUAACAAUGAAAUCCUGCUGAAAUGUAUUGCUAAAUUCGAGAACGACGAACGGUAUCUUCAGGAUCAUCGGUUCAUUAAAUUGUGUAUAAAAUACAUUGACACACAAUCUUCCCCUCAAGAGCUAUACCAAGAGUUGUAUGAUCGUGGAAUUGGGACACUUUGUGCGGAAUUGUACAUUGGGUGGGCUUAUUACUACGAUGCUGAAGAUAAUUUCGCGAAAACAGAGAAUAUUUAUCAAAAGGGUUUCGAUGCCGGAGCCAAACCUAAAGAAGAUAUGGAACAAGCUCAUAAACAAUUCGGAUUUUCAAUGUCCCAAAGAUUAUUGCAUAAAGAUGAAUCAUCUAAACAAAAAUUUCAAACAACUCUAGCUGAGCGACGAAAUGCUUUAACUUCGUUGAAGCCACAUAAAAAGAAGCAUGUUGGUACCCUGCGGACCGGGCUUGCAGUUAGAAGUUUUAAUCCUGGUUCCGUUAAGCAAGAAAAUGUGGAAAAUUUUUCGAAUAAUACUGACGACGUAGCCAUAUAUACGGGGUCAUCAGAUGACAAAGAAUCCGUUUUUGGUGCACAGUCGAUCAAUCAUUCGUUGAUAAAUCCUAACCGUAAUCGUGAGAAUGUGCGUGAACCAGGACCAUGGUCGAAUGCCAAAAACGGAAAGAAACAUGGACCUCUAUUCAGUGCAUCUCAUUGUCCUUCGUUUGCAAUUUCCGAGGACACAUACGAAUAUCAGCCUAUUCCGAUUCUAGUGGAAAACCUAAGUAAGGGAAUACAGUUGGAAACAAAUCACAAGAACAAAAAUUAUCCUCAGAAAUCGUUUGAUAUCACUGCUUGUGAUGACGACAAACCCGCGGGAUUUCCAAUGUAUGGCAAGAUUUCUUUAUACUGUCGCGCUCCCAAAUAUGACUUCAGCCCAGAGGAGCUGCACGGUUAUCAUUAUUUUAGAAGACGUCGAAUUUACAAUAAAAUGACGGAGCACUAUGACGACAUUUGGGGAGAAAGCACCGGCAUUCGUUUACAUCCGUAUCAUGUACGCCAGUAUAAAUUCAAUCCAGGGAAUGAUUUAAAAACGGAGAAACCAACAAUUGAUGGCAGCGUAGAAGGAUUGAGAACCAAGGUCAAAGACAUGUAUGCAGACAUUGAAGAGUUAUCGAUGGAGGAACUACGUCUUCAAAAAUGGAAGGAUGGUAAAAUUAAACGUUACAUAGACACAAAAAACGACGACGAUAUGCUGCGCGUUGAUAUGGAUGAGACAGUUGUACAGGCAAAACGGGUUUCAAUUGCUCCAGCUAGAGUAAGUUUCGCUCCGCUGCAUUCUGAUCUCAGUAGGAAAUCCGUAUUUCCUCAAAAAACGAAUAUGUCUAUGAUUAGCGAAGAACAGCAGGAGGAAUUAAGCGUUGCUGGUGGUUUGAAUUUACAACAACCAGGAGACGAUAUAGGCAAGGAAACAUCUAGAUAUACGGGAGCAAUAAAAAAAUCAGAUAUUUACAAGAGACGCUCAGAAGAAUCUCCAGGAAUAAAAUCUGUACCGAAAAAGAAGGUUUCCUUAGAUGCCCUCGAACAAGGUAUACCAGAUCCUCCCGAACCGAAGCAGGGUUUUAAAAUCAAAAUACCUAUAUUUUUGGAUGAAGAAGAUACCGCAAAUAACAAGGAUGGUGGUUACCUUCAAAAUGAAACUUGUUCGACACAAAUAUUCAAUAUGUUUGUCAAUACUCAAAGUACUCCGGUUGCAUUGAAACAUGGUGGAAUGAGACGAUGCGAGCAGCCUGUUCCGCAUCGCGAUCAAGGCGAAACAGAUGGUAUUUCGAAAGGCGAAAAUCAGGCCCAGGUUCAUCAGCUGAAAUUUAAUGAUGAGAAUGUAGAGCCAGCAUCUUCGACUCCCCCUAAUAUAAAUACAACAGAAGCCCAGAAACAACUGUCGACCAUCAUGGAACGCACGGAAACUAGUUCCACGUCAGUUGCUUUCAGUUCGAAAUCAUCGGUUUCCUCCCCUACCGGUGGUGAUGCAAAUGGCGAGGACAGAUGUAUGAAUGCCAGUAACGCGAAUGUGAAGUGUGGCGCGAAAAACGUUAGCCCCAUCGUAAUUCAACCAACUUUGAAUAGCGGCUCCAACGAAACGCUAGCAUUUAAAACACCUGGAACAGCGACGAAACCAUUACCAACCGGGGCUCCAAAGUUGGCGGAAUGUCCCGUUGAGGUUUUCAAACCAGUUCCGGUUCCAAAGACUUCAUCCAAUGAUCUUUUCAUAAUCCACGUGGACAGUACCGAAACAAUGGCGAAGAUACCUCUGGUUUCCAAAAGUGCUAUAGCUCAGAAGGUGCCCAAUGGACCAAUUGAGGAUAAAGAGAACAAACAACAUUUCCCCGAGGCAACAUACAUGCAAUCUGAGGACACAACAUCGCGAACAACUACAAAUUUGCUUCGCAAGAACAUUUCGCAUCUCCCGCAAGGUGAGUUGGAUGUCAAUUCGAUAAUGUCCUUCAAAAUGGCAACAGAGCGUACAAACACUGCACCGUUGCCCCUCAUUAAACAAGUAGAGUCUUUGAAGCAACCAGCGCGGCCUGAUGAUUCCUUGUUUGAAUUGCUAGCUAAAACACCAUCUCCAAAGGCGAAAAAGAUUCAACAAUUGGAGAGCGCUUCGAACGAAAACGCGAAGAAAAUCGACCAUCGGAUGAAUUCUCCAUUCGAUUUGGCUGUCUUCCAAAAAACACCCGAGAAAAAGUUAAAUGCACCAAACAUCCAUCUCAAGGAACAGAAUGUGCCCUCUUUUUUGCCAACCAAACUGAUGAUCGACCCAACCAAUUACGAUAACGCUUCGAAACCAAUCAUCAUACAAAGCGUGAUGGGACAGAUCAAUCUAGCUGAUUUUCCAUCCCCUAAGAACAGGCAUUCGAUAGAGGAUAUGAACACAGAAAUCUUUUCACUGGACAUGAAUAACAUAAAAAAUUCAACUUUGCUGCCAGAAUUUAGUUUGGACAUACCAGGAAGGGUUGCAAUAGAGAUAAGUCCCGGCGACAAAAAACCCACAGGAGUAUUGGAUUACGACAUCAGCAUGAGCGAGCUCGGAAUGAAAAAAAUGACACUCACCGAUAAAAAUGGGAGCGACCCAUUCAAAAAGCCGGCGCCUAUUUUCAAAUCACCGCCAUCAGUUAUUGAAAUCAAUGACGGAGAUUCUGACGAUCUAGGCAAAAGCAUUUAUGUUCCUAAACAACCAAUUUCCAACGAGUUGCAGACUAAAUGGGAGGAAAUUGAUGAACAUUUUAACCCAGCCAACAAUGAGUAUAUGAAGAAGGAAGUGGAUCUGGAUGGAACGAUGCAGUUUAUCUAUCACCAAACUCAUUUGGGUGAGAUGGAUCCUUUUGACACCAAGCUUCAGGAGGCAUUUCUGGAGAAACUGGAUUUCAUGAGCUACAUUGAGGAGCUCCCGACGUGCGUCCUGGUGAAUAAAGUUCAACCGCUGUCCAAAGGGAUGGUUACAAGUGUGCGCGAUACCAAAUUUACUGUGAUAAAGAAAAUUGGCGAAGGGACGUUCGGCACCGUUUACAGUGGACGCAAUCAAACCAGUGGUGAAAUUAUGGCGAUGAAACAGGAACGACCUGCCAAUCUGUGGGAGUAUUAUAUUUGUUUAGAACUAAGAUGUCGAAUUAAUAAUGACGACAUUCUUCCAGGUCUCAUGAGUGUGGACUACGCUAUUGUCGGUAAUAAUGCCAGCAUUUUAAUAUCACCAUUCUCCAGAUUCGGAAAUAUUCUGGAUGUGUGUAAUACUGUGAAACGGGCGACUAACAAGAAUUUUGAUGAAUUCAUCGCUAUGAUAAUAACGAGCCAAAUACUUUCGAUCAUUGACCAUCUGCACAGCUGUAUGAUCAUCCACGCUGAUAUUAAGCCAGAUAACUUCCUGCUUAUGGCACCAAUUAACGUGGAUUCGAGGCUUCCUUGUGUUCAAUUAAUCGAUUUCGGAGUAUCAAUUGAUUUGAAACUAUUUCCAAAAGAUACUACUUUUACGAAGGUGGUCACAACCGAAUGUUUCACUUGCAUCGAAAUGCUAGAAAGAAGACCUUGGAAAUUUCAGCCGGACCUGUAUGGAGUUGCCGGAACAACACAUGUAAUGCUAUUCGGAAGGUACAUGGAGGUUCAAAAAGAUAUCGUCAACUGGAACAUUAAAACGCGAAUGCCCCGUUACUUCCGCAAGCCAGUGUGGGAUAAUUAUUUUACCACGUUGUUGAACAUUCGUGAUUGCAAUGAAAUGCCUAACUUACAAGCGUUGCGCGGUAAUUUACUUGCAGAAAUCGAGGAGAACGACAAGUACAUUCGUGAUAAAGUAAGCGAGUUCAACCAAGCAAUUUUAUCAGUCUAGAUUAAAUAAGUUUCGUUCCAAUGGGCAUAUGUGAAUUCAUAUAAAUAAAUUAUAUUCGCCUUUGCAUCGAUAGAAUUGCACUUUUAUUAGAACUUACGUAUAAGAACCAACAUCUAUUUUUUUUUACUAUUAUAGUUCAUGAAACAUCGUGAAAAAUAUAUUGUUUCGGUCGUGGAAAGAUAACCCUUGAAUUACCGGUUUUUUGUAGCACACGAAACAAGACUUAUAAAAGUGCCUCUUCCACACCCCUUGGAACAAUUAUCUAGUAUUCAAACCAGACUUCAUGAGUGACCGUUUUCAACUGAUUUUAGUUCAAUUUAUU